CUGCGGAGGUAGUGAAACCUGGUUGCGCAGUGACGUCACUUUGUAGCUGUGUUGUGCGGUUAUGCGUCUGUGAAUUUCCGCCAUUGAGAAUAGUUAGGUCGAAAGCGCUUUAUAGCAUGGUGGUUGAUCAAAAAUAUGUUUCAAGGGAUUGUUGACGAACGAUUCGGAUCUCGGAUGUUUUUCGCGUAACAAACAAUUCUCUUGUUGCCGGCGUGUGUCGCGCGCGCGCGCGCGCGCACAAACGGACGUAUUCUCUCCGAGAGAAGAGUGUAUGUACAUUCGCUAUUGGACUCCACAGCAGAAGUAAACUCGCAAUUGCGUCAAGGCACUUCGCUUGCGUGUGUUAUUCUUCGUGUGUCGUGUCGAAAUGGCCGGUAAUGGUGACAUACAGUGGUGUUUUUCUCAAGUAAAGGGAACCUUAGAAGAUGAUGUUACAGAAGCUGAUAUAAUCUCAUGUGUUGAAUUUAAUCACGAUGGUGAUCUCCUUGCAACAGGAGACAAGGGUGGACGUGUUGUCAUUUUUCAAAGAGACCCCAUUAGUAAAAACAGUAUACCACGAAGAGGUGAAUACAAUGUGUAUAGCACUUUCCAGAGUCACGAACCUGAGUUUGAUUACCUAAAAUCACUAGAAAUAGAAGAAAAAAUUAAUAAAAUUAGAUGGUUAAAGAGAAAGAAUCCUGCCCACUUUCUGCUUUCCACGAAUGAUAAAACAAUCAAGCUGUGGAAAGUUAGUGAGAGAGAUAAAAGAGUGGAAGGAUAUAAUACAAAAGAGGAGAAUGGCACGAUACGUGAUCCUGCCUGCAUCACUGCCUUGAGGGUGCCAACCAUAAAACCAAUGGAGUUGAUGGUAGAAGCAUCACCAAGGAGAAUAUUUGCUAAUGCACACACUUAUCAUAUAAACAGUAUAAGUGUUAACAGUGAUCAAGAAACAUACCUCAGUGCUGAUGAUCUUAGAAUUAAUCUUUGGCAUCUUGAGAUAACUGACCAGAGUUUUAAUAUAGUAGACAUUAAGCCAACUAAUAUGGAAGAGUUAACGGAAGUCAUAACUGCAGCGGAAUUUCAUCCUGCCGAAUGCAACGUGUUGGUAUACAGUAGUAGCAAAGGAACUAUUAGACUUUGCGAUAUGAGAUCUGCUGCUCUCUGCGAUCAGCACAGUAAGCUUUUCGAGGAGCCUGAAGAUCCAACUAAUAGAAGUUUUUUCUCAGAAAUUAUUUCAAGUAUAAGCGAUGUAAAGCUUAGUAAUUCCGGAAGAUAUAUGAUUAGUAGAGACUACCUCAGCGUAAAAGUAUGGGACUUACAAAUGGAGACAAAACCAAUCGAAUGUUAUCCCAUUAUACAACGGUAUAUAUUGACGUGAGGCACGUUGAACUGAAAACUCUCAGUGGAACCACGGGUACCAGAAUAGUGACGAUAGUCAACUACUAGUCUGUCAGUGGUUGACUGACCGAGGUGUACGUAGCGCCGUCCACGCAGUUUACAUUCAUACAUGCUAUAUAUACAUAGACAGAAUUGUACACUCCAUACUUUGUCGCGUGCAUAUGUGUUUGUAAAAGAUGUGCAAAUACGAAACACGCAUAACUCUCCAGGCUAUCAAUAAAUUCGCUAAUUCAAAUAUAUUUGCAGACUUGUAGAAAUGAGAUAUUUGACAGAAUAUGUGAUUUAACUAAUUUGCAGACUCGUGUUGGCAGUUGAUAUACAAUUUAUAAAUAUAUUAAUAAUCUUUUGAUUAUAUUAUAAAAAUUGUGCCAUUGCACAGUAGCCUAUAUAUGACUUUGCUACAGACCACCGGAGUGUGGUUAAUUAAACACAUUGAUGAAACAAAUGACAGGGAUUACGAUGAGAAUUACGAGUCGUUCGUCUUGAGUGUGUUGAGAUUAUGUACAAUUUAUAUGAAUAUGUAGUACAACUUUUUAAAUACGCUUAAUUAGCAUGGGAAAAAAAGAAAUAAAAUGCGAAAGAGGUCAGUUGUACCAAUGAGAUUAAUCUGUAAUUAUUGUAAUUAUGUAAUUUUACUUAUUACUCAUUACGAUAUCUAAAUUGUAAACUAAAGAAGAUACGCGAUAAUCGCUUAAGCAAAUCUCUCUAAAUUACUUUGCAAUUAACAUUGAUUCGAGCGUCACUGACCUCUACAUAAGAAUACAGAGUAAGUCAAUAAGAUUUACGAAUAAAUAAUGACAAUUAUUACUAUGAGAAUUAGACUUUCGGUAAAGUAACUUGUGUGUCUACAUUAUUUGUAGACAUUAUUUCUAUCAUUUACAAUUCGAUAUCACAUUUAUUAAAUGCGGGUACGCAUAGGCCUAUUUUCUCGUUAAUUUAUCAUUAUCGCCAACUAAUUGUUUUUCAGUCGCCAAUACGAGUCAAAAUGAUAGAGAAUAUAAUAAAUUAGUAUGUUUUUACACACACACACACACACACACACACACACACACACACACACAACACGCGCGCGCAUGAUGUGUGUGGAAAUACAAAAUGUCGCUGCAUUAAAUACAAGCAAUAAGUGGCGCCGAUUUAAGACCAUUUAUAAUAAAAUAUCAAUUGUAAUUUUCUAACAAAAAAAAACAUACCUAAAUUGAGAGAUAAACAAAUCGCUUAGAUAUGGAAUACAGAUUUUCUAAUCUUUCUUAAUAACUUAUUGACACAUUCUUAUACUCCUACAGAUAUAAGCGGCAAUUUCGUACAUGAAUACAAUAAAUCUAAAAGUGCAUUUGUGACGAUGAUAAGCUGGGCUUGCAGAGUUUAUAUAAAUAAAUUGCUGAAUAAUAUACAUCAGCAUAAUGUAACUUUGAUAAAUAUUCAAAUCAUAAAACAAUAUACAUGUUAAAAAUUCACACGCAUUUUUCUACAAUCUUUUUAUUAUUUAAUUUCUUUGUACAUAUAUGUCGGCUAAUUGUAAUUGCGACACUUGAUUAUAUUCUAAAGUCAUCAAGCAUUGAUAGACAUGUACUACAAAAUAUAAAAAUAUGUACAGUCACCAACAAGACACUAUUAAAGAUCGAUGAUUUACGGAA